AUGCAGCGUCUGGGCGCCUCGCUUGAAACAUCUAAAAUCGUGAUAUCGUACCUUCGCAACAGGUGGGCGGACCUGGAACUUGAGGGCAUCCACUACCGGAGGAGGCUCGCUAGGGGGUGCCCUCAGGGAUCACAGUUGGGUCCUACCCUCUGGAAAAUAGCAAUGACACCCAUAUACGGCAUGCUACCUGACACCAGCACGACCAAAAUAAUUACCUACGCAGACGACAUUCUGCUAAUGGUUGGCGCCGCUAGGCCUACAAAAGCUUUCCAGCGGAUUGAAAAACACUUGGACCUACUAAACAAUUGGGCCUUUACGUUUGGCCUUGAAUUUUCCGCCAGUAAAAGUCAACUCCUAUCACUUAAAGGCGGCCUUAAACCUGGCUACAGCGUUCGCUUCGGGACGAGAGCAGACGCUCCUUUAAUCGUAUCCUCGGCCACGGCCAAAUACCUCGGGGUGUACCUGGACCCGAGACGGAGCUUCUGGGAUCACAUCGAGCAUGUAAGCCAAAAAUCGCGAGACAUGUACGGUCGCAUGAGAAGACUCCGCUCCGCGAACUGGGGCAUGGGCCAACUUGCGGCCAGGACAAUCUACAGGGGAGUCUUCUUACCUCGUGUAACUUACGCAGCUGAAAUUUGGGCUUCAGGGACUAGACUUGAAAAAAGCAAAAAGAAACUACUAAGCGCCCAGAGAGCUCCCCUCCUGGCGAUGACCGGUGCCUACAACACCGUGUCUACAAACUGCCUUCCUUCAGUCGCAGGUACUAUGCCAUUAGACCUGGAAAUAAGGAUGCACGUCCUAACACAGAAGAAGCGUAAACAGGAGAUUACAAACGCCGCAUUCGACGGAAGUGUAGACGAUCUCUUUAACGAAUGGCAACUCAGAUACGACACCCUGCCCAAGGGUAACUGGUCCAAAAAAAUGAUUCCAUCGGUAAGACAUAGGUUCAAUCUUCCGAUGAAGCUGGAUCACUACACGACCCAGUUUCUAACAGGCCAUGGAGACUUCCGGGCAAAACUGCAUAGUUUCAAACUCGUGUCAGAUCCGAUCUGUGAGUGCGACCGGAAGCCAGAAACGGUCAAUCACGUACUCAGGUUUUGCCCACGCACGAAGAAUGCCCGCAAAAAACUAAAAAGCACCCUCAGUGACGAAGGCGUUUCUUGGCCACCGGCUGAUGGGGCCUUCCUCAAGUCAAAGGCCACAUAUGAGGCAUUGGUAACAUUCUCAAGAGAAGCCCUUACAAAUCGCACGGACAGAUAA